ACAAACCGUUGCUGGCUAAACACAGUUCAUAGCAGUUAAUGAAAGAGAAAGCUUUUCUCUUUUGUUUACUACUAACAUCUGUGAUUGGCGAGUAACGGUUUGCCCGGAAUUUCCUUUCAAAGUUUCAAUUUUUGAGGGAAAGUAUUUAAUUGCUGAGCAGUCGUAAAAAGCUAUUCGUAACUCUUUGGACUGGUUAGGUUUGAACAUAUUCCAAUGUAGGGCCGCAAAUCUUCGCGAGCCCACCUUCUAAUACUUAUUAUCUUCGUAACAACGAUAACAAUCCACAAGCACUUGUACUCAAUCUUUAUCGUGACUCCCAGCAUCGAGCUAGAAUGUAUUCUUAUCUAUCUUGCCAGGUUAUCAGGUACAAAUCAAAUAACGACGAUGCCAUUAGAGCUUUAUCUCUUGGAAUGAGUACCCCGUAUGAAAAACAACCAAUCCAACGGAAAUUGAAACAAUCCAUUUUUCGCGUCAGUUGUGAAUCAUAUUUUGGCCACACAACGUGUCACAGCGAUCGUCCUAAAAUGCGUUGUUUGGUGAGAAUAAUCUAUUUGUUGCUGCUUUUGCAAUUUGCACAAUCGAUAGACAAAAAGUUCGUGACGUGUGACUUUGACUUGGGAGUCGAGGUUCUGCCGUAUUUACCGGAAGAAUGUCACAAUUUGGACGAAAUCACAAAAACUUUGCUGACAAGGGAAGCGGAAAGUUUCAAACAAUUUCACGAUAGAUUAACGGAUCACGAAUCUCGAGCGGGUUUGGAUACCGAGGACAACAUUCAUAAGGAUUGGGCAUUCCGGGAGAAACUAUACGGAAAGGCUGAACCAUAUCUAUGUCGAAACGAUACGGAAACGUUGCAAGACUACGCGGCCUGCAUGAUUGAUAAACGUGCCGACAUGGUUACAAUGAUUUUGGAAAGUGUCCAAGCACCUUAGACUAAAAAAAUUGUGUUUCUUUCCAUAUAAAUUUAGUAAUAAUCCUAAACAGUGUUGUGUCGUGUUUAUUCAAUACAGUAAUUAACUGUAAAGCAAGAAUU